AUGAGAGUCCAAAUAAAGGAGAACCCAUACAGCUGUGAGACUUGCAACAAGGAUUUCUCACAUAAAAAUAAUACAGUGAUCCAUAUGAGAAUACAUACAAAGGAUAAGACACAGAGCUGUGAGAUAUGCAAUAAAGCCUUUUCACAGAAACAGAAUCUGAUGAGGCAUAUGAAACUUUGUGCCCAGGAGCUCCCCCAGCCCCAAGCCCCACACUAUUGCUAUAUUUUGAAUGUGAUGCUAAAGACCCUAGAUGAUGAUGAUUCCCUUGCUUGUUGCUGUGGAGGCACUUCAGAAGCAGAGAUUGAGGCCCAGAGUAGAUGUGAGAUUCUCAAGAGACCCAGGGUCGAGGACGAGGUGUUAGAGCUGCACCCUGUGUGGCUUGGUGGACCCUCCAACAGUUAG